AUGUCUCAAACUAUUACUCGAGACAUUACUACACAUUUUAUACACUUUGUCCCUAUUAAUUACAAAAUUGUUCAUGAAUCAUUUAUUAUAAAAAACAAUAUUUCUUGGUGGAAUAUUAAUUUUGAACGUUCAUAUGUUAUCAUUUAUAAAAAACAAAAUUCUAAAGAAAAAUUUAACAUGUUAGAACAUAGCAAACAUGAAAAAUAUUUUAAUUUUUUUAAAUGUAAAUGUCUUGAUACUUGUGAAUUUUAUCCACAUUUGUGGCAAUAUGAUAAACAUUAUAAUGAUAAUCAUUGUCCUUUUCGUCAACGUUGUGAUUAUUUUAAAACAUUACAAAGUAUCGAUAAGAAUCUUCCUGAUAAUGAAAAACUUGCUCAUACAGGAACGAUACAAUAUAAAGAUGAAGUUAAACUUUUACAUGAUUUUAAAACAUAUGUGUUUAGAAAAGGAAAGAGGAAAGUAAAAAAAAACAAUAACAAUGUUCAAGAAUUUACUAAUAAAAAACUUGAAAUUGCAAUCACUAAUCAGAUAAAACAAAUUGAAGAAUACAAAUUAAAAUCUCUAGAAUAUUAUCUAGUUUCAUCUUCUGCUCAGUCAUUAUUUGACCGAGCAGAUUUUUAA